AUGCUGCGUCGGGCUCCUUCAUUGCUCACCAUGACGGAUAAGCUUGGAGAGACGCCUCUUUUCUGUGCAGCCCGUUAUGGCAACACCAAAAGUUUCUAUUUUUUCAAAUCGGAAAUGAAUAGGAGAUUCCCGGAAGAUGCUGCAAGCUUGAUGGGUUUUCUUCGAAGAAAUAAUAAAGAAACUAUCCUUCACGUUGCAAUUCAUAGUUUCAACUUUGCUUUGGCUCUUGAUAUUGCUAAAACUUAUCCAAUGUUGAUCGGUGAAAAAGAUGGAGACGGGAUGACUGCUCUUCAACUUCUUGCCUGCAAGUCACCACGUUUCAAACGUAGAUUUGAAAAGCAUUUCAUAUGCAAGCUCAUUGAUUGGAUCUGUCUGAAAGAAAUAGCCAGUAGAGUGCCUAUCUUGAAAAAUAUUAAGGAAAAACAGCUCGUAAUUGAUUCCACAAAGGAACUUGCAACCCUCUUGAUUGAAAAUGAUGCAUCAUGGGAAGAAACAAAACCCAUGCCAACUCAGAACAGAGUUAAGCUCCACAGAUAUAGAGGAGGGAGUACGCCUUCAGAAAACGUUUCUACUGGAACUAAUAAUAAAAUCAAUGUUACGCUUCCUACCCCCGACUCUCCAUUGAUUUUAGCUACUAAAUCGGGCUGUACAUAUAUUGUAAAGGAAAUACUGCGAGUGUACUCUCAGGCGGUAGAGCUUAUUGAUAAGGACGGGCGUAACAUUUUGAAUGUGGCAAUUCAAUAUCGAAGAAUGGAGAUCUAUAAGGCUGUGAUCGAAAUGAAGUAUCCUCUCAUGACUCUAAGAGACACGAUCGACAAUGAAGGAAACUCAUUACUGCACAUGGUAGCCAUGAAAGCUACAGAUCAGCUUGUUGAAAUGGACUUCAGAUACCCUGCCCACGAACUAAAAGAUGAUUUGCUUCUAUUCGAGAGUGUGAAAAAUAUAUGUACGAGUGUGGCAACUUCUCAGGUAAACAACGAUGGAUUGAAUGCUAGACAAUUAUUCGUCAAGAACAUGGAAAAGCUCCGAAUUGAUGCCAAAGAAUGGAUGAAGAGCACGGCUUGGGGCAGCGCCGGUUUUGGUUUGACCAUUGCCACUCUCUCCUUUACUGCAUCUUACACUGUACCUGGAGGUUUAGAUCAAAACACAGGCCAUCCAAUUAUGGGAGGAAAACCGUUUUUUAUCGUGUUUACCCUAGCCAAUGGCCUUUCCCUCACAUUUUCUAUAACAUCACUUAUCACAUUUCUUUUCAUUCUCACAUCUUCCUUCCAGUUAAAGGAUUUCAAGAGGUCUCUUCAUUGUCAACUACUCCUAGGCCUUACACUGGUGAUGCUCUCUGUGUUAAUGAUGAUGAUAUCAUUUGCAGCCUCGCUUAUCCUAGGAAAUACUAGUAAAAAAGGCCAAGAUUGGACAAAAAUUAUAUUGUACACUAUUUCAUUCCUCCCGGUCACCGUGUUAAUCUACACAACCACACCUGUCUGUUAUACGCUGCUUAAAGUAUUUAAGGAAAUACUAGGGAGUAUUAUAGCUUCAAUAUUGCCUACCUGCAGUGAUGUUGAAUCGCGCAAAAUAAUGCAGCACCGCCGAUUGUCUUCUCAAGCUCCAACUACGAGUUCUAUUGUUUGA